GGCGGUAACGUGGCGAUAUGAUGAGUGUCGGCUACCAAUUAAAAUAAGAGAAGAAGAAGGGGAAAACCUCUGUGUUUAGAAGUUAGCAUUUCACUCAUCCAUUAUUAGAUUAAAUAUCGACUAUAACUUCAAUAAUUAAACACUCGUCAUGGUUCCAGUUAAACGUACAGCAUAGAAGUACUAUUGAAGCCCGAGGAACGUGGUUUAAGGUGAUCGAUGUGCUCGUUAUUUCAAGUUUUAAAGAAAGCUAGCGAAGCUAACGUAGCAUCUGAACGGAGAGAAGUGGAUGCUAUUAUUCAGAGGUAUUAGAUGUUAUUUCGGUUAUCUUUCACGUUAUUAUGUUGUUCAGAGACAAGAAACGUCCGCAGGGGAACCCAUUAAGGCGUCAAUUAUGGGAUCCAUAACGUGUUCAUUUCGUCAUAUUGUUUAGCUUUGUAAACAAUCGCUUGUUUCCAAAGGCGACGUGCAGCCUCAUUGAUUAUCGCUGGAAAAAUAGUCGAUACAACACAGGACACACAACAUCCAGCAAAAUGGAUGAAAACUCGGAAAAUGUGGACAAUGACGACAUUGUGAUCAUCGUGGAGAACGAGGCGGAGAGUCUGCCGGCUGAGGAGGAGAGGCUGAAGCAGCUGGGGGCCAAUUUCGGGCUCAUGGACACUUGUCCCAUCUGCAAACUGAGUCUGAACAACAGAGAGCCCAAGAUCCUUCCCUGCCUGCACUCCUUCUGCAAGAGAUGUCUGCCGCCCCCCUUCAGGACCGCAGACCCGCGGCGGGACCCCCAGUUCCAAGUGGACCACAACAAACCAAUGGGCGCUAUCCGCUGUCCAGUCUGCAGACAGGAAUGCUGGGAGAUGGACGUGUUGGACAACUUCUUCGUCAAGGACUCUGCGGAGAUGCCGAGCAGCACGGUGGAAAAAAACAGCCAGGUGUGUAUGAGCUGCGACGACAACACGGAGGCCACGGGCUACUGCGUGGAGUGCGUGGAGUUCCUGUGUGUCACCUGCAUCGAGGCCCACCAGAGGGUCAAGUUCACCAGAGAUCACACCAUACGGCAGAAGGAGGAGAUGUCCCCAGAGGCGGUGGGGAUGUCGACCCAGCGGCCCGUGUUCUGCGACGUCCACAAGCAGGAGCCCCUGAAGCUCUUCUGCGAGACGUGCGACCGCCUCACCUGUAGGGACUGCCAGCUGCUCAAACACAAAGACCACAACUACCAGUUCCUGGAGGACGCGUACAGGAACCACCGGCAGUACCUGGAGAACAUGACCCAGCAGCUACAGCAGAAGAGGAAAGCCAUCGAGGAGGUGUCCACCUGCAUCAGCUCUGGGCUGCAGCAGGUGGACGAGAACCGCAAGCUGGUGACCAACGAGAUCAAGAAGUCCAUCUGCAGUCUGAUCAUGGAGAUCAACCGCAAGGGCAAGAUCCUGGUCAACCAGCUGGAGACCUUGACCAAGGACCACGAGAUCGGGCUCAAGAAGCAGCAGGACGAGGUCUCCUCCCUGACCAGGCACCUGGACCACGUCAUCCGCUUCACCAAGUGGGCCACCUCCAGCCACAGCACCACGGCCCUCCUGUACUGCAAGAGACUGAUCCUGUUCCAGAUCCACUACCUGAUGCGGGCCAACUGCAACCCGUCCAUCGUGCCCCAGAGCUCGGUCCGCUUCCAGUGUCGCUCGGGCUUCUGGGCCUCCAACGUCGACCUGGGUUCUCUGCUGGUGGAGAGGGCCCCUGGCCGCCAGCCCGUGGCCAACCCCCCCAUGCCCCCGAGAGGGGAGGGGUCGUCGGGGAGUCUGUCGGCCGCCAGCCAGCAGCAGCGCCAGAGCACCCUCGCCCAGCUGCAGAUGCAGGUGGAGAAGUUGGCCCAGCAGCCCAACCGCCCGCCCGUCCCCAACCACUGGUCGUGGUACCAGAACGUCAGGGUCCCGGGCCCCCCCCAGGGGCCCCCCGGCCCGCCCCCCCCCACCAGGCCCAUCCCGGGCGGCUCGUCCCCCUCCCAGAUGCCCCCCAGCCUGGCCCAGCAGAGGAGCAAGUACGGGGGGCCCCACCCCAACCCGCGCAGCCCCAGCUCCUCCAUGCUCCACAACACCGGGUUCCCCCCGCAGUCCCUACGGGAACUGAUCCACAGCUCCGGCUUCCCGCCCAAGCCCAUGGACACCAUGCAGGGGGCCUCCCGGUACCCCCCCACCCUGUCCUCUGGGUCGGCCACGCAGGCCCUGCUUCACCAGCGGGCCCUGAGCGACCCGUCCUUCCUGAAGCGCAGCGAGCCCGGCGGAGCGCCCCCCUCCAUCACCAUCUCCAUCCCCAAGCCCAGCUACAGCGACCCCAGCCACGCCUCCGCCGCCGCCGACCGCAACGCACAAGCAAGACAGAUCUCGCCAGCGUCGAAGCCCUCGUCAUCAGAACGGGGAGCAGGGACCACUUCGUGGGCGAAGCCGUACGUGUCGGAGCCUGCGACGCCACCGGCGUCCAAGCGCCGCCGAAGAGCGUCCCCCGGGCCCAUCAUCAUCAUCAAGGACGAGCCGGAGGACGAAGACGAUGUCCACUUUGUUCAGUCUACAGUGGGGGCCAGUUUGCCGGACAGCAGCACAGGGGCCCAAUCCCAGGGCCCCAUACAGCCGGACCCACCCCAAGAGCAGAUCCCGACCUCCGACCCCAUGACCGGACAAGAAGAGCCGCCCCGACCACUGGAAGUGGCGGUGGCGGCGGUGGCGGUGGCGGCGGCGGCGGCGGUGGCGGUGGGGGGGGAGAAGAGGACGGGGCCGGAGGACGACCCCAACGAGGACUGGUGUGCGGUGUGUCAGAACGGAGGAGAGCUGCUCUGCUGUGAUAAGUGUCCCAAGGUGUACCACCUGGCCUGCCACAUCCCCACGCUGCACGAGUCACCAAGUGGCGAGUGGUUCUGCUCGUUCUGCCGGGACCUGGUCUCUCCCGAGAUGCGGUACGACUGCGACGACACCGCCCCCCCCACAGAAGACCCCUCCCUCCCCCCGGUGGACAGACGGAAGUGCGAGCGUCUGCUGCUCCGGCUGUUCGUCAACGACUUCAGCGCCGACUUCCAGCAGGCCGCCGCGCCAUCGGAGACGAGGCGCUACAAGGAGCUGAUCAAGACGCCCAUGGACCUCUCCAUCGUGAAGCGGAGGCUGGAGUCCCGGUCUCCGGGGGACACGCGCUACGUGGCGCCCGACCAGUUCAUCACCGACGUCCGGCUCAUCUUCUCCAACUGUGCCAAGUACUACAAGGUGACGUCGGAGGUGGGCAGCGCCGGCCUCUACCUGGAGGACUACUUCGAGGAGCAGGUGAAGACGGUGUACCCCGACACGCUGUUCCCCGGGGGGCGAGAGGAGCGCAUGAUCCCCCCCCUGGAGGACGAGAUAGAGGAAGAGGAGGAGGAGGAGGAGGCCGCAGAGGGAGGCGCGGGCCCCGUCGUCGGGGCCGACGGCAACGCGGCCGCCCCGACCCAGCUCCCCGCCGGAGAUUCGGGGAUCCCUCCCAUGGAGGAAGAGGAGGAGGAGAUGAUGGAGACGGAGGAAAGAGGAGGAAGAGGAGGAGCAACCGCAACCGCCGCCGAGCAGAAGGACGAGGGGAGCGGCACGGAGGAGAAGGGAGUCUCCAAGGCGACGGGCACCGGAGGGGGCGGGGCCCUUCCGGACGCGGUGAAGCAGGAGCAGAACACGCCUGAGAAGGAGAACCCUCCGACCGUCUGCCCUGAGGAGCCCCCCAGCGGGGGCCCGGGGGAGAGCGGGGUCCCCCCGGCUCCUGAAGAGACGCCGGCCCUCGAAGACCUACUGGCCCCAGUGGAUCUGUUUGCCCCGGAGAACCAACCGCCCCCGGCAUCUCCGGGGGACGAAUCGGCCUCGGAGGAACUAGGGGCCCCUGAGGCAAUAGGGGCCCUUGACAAUCCGGUGGCCCCGGCAUCUCCUGCUGAGCUGCAGGCCCCAGAGGACCUCCCGCCCCCUGAGGUCCAACAGAGCCCGGCGUCUCCAGACCCUCCAGCCUCGGGGGAACCAGAGGAGCCAGCGGCCGCCGCCGCCUGCCCAGAGGUGGAGCUCCCUCUGGCCCCUGCACACAGCCUAGCUGCGGCCCCCGAGAGCCAGAAGGUGGAGCCGGCCGGCACAGCCAAAGAGGAGGAGGAGGAG